AGUCUGUCAAAUCAACAGUAUCAGCAAUUUGAGUUAGUUAAAUAAGAUUUAAACCUUAACAAUCCAGCCACUCAGCUCAUUCUCACUAGUUUGGAGAGGGAGAGAGAGAGUAUCCUUCCAAUUCUUCAUCAAGUAGCUUAAAACAAAAUCCCAUCAGCUCAUAGAUUGAUCCACAGAAACACAAACAUCAUAUCGAACAUGACGACGGAGGAAGAAGCAGUCUCAACUGUAAACGAGGCCGUCCAAGCAUCCAAUCCUCCUCCAUUAAAGAAGAAGCGAAACCUUCCCGGAAAUCCAGAUCCGGAGGCGGAGGUGAUGGCGCUGUCGCCAAAAACCCUAAUGGCGACGAAGCGGUUCUUGUGCGAGAUAUGCGGGAAGGGUUUCCAACGAGAUCAGAAUCUGCAGCUGCACAAGAGGGGCCACAACCUGCCGUGGAAGCUGAAGCAGAGGACGAGCAAGGAGAUACGGAAGCGCGUGUACGUGUGCCCGGAGAAGACGUGCGUGCACCACCACGCCUCCAGGGCUCUCGGGGAUCUCACCGGGAUCAAGAAGCAUUUCUGCAGGAAGCAUGGCGACAAGAAGUGGAAGUGCGACAAAUGCUCCAAGCGCUACGCCGUGCAUUCCGAUUGGAAGGCACACUACAAGACUUGUGGCACUAGGGAAUACAAAUGUGAUUGUGCUACUACUUUUUCAAGGAGAGACAGCUUCAUCACUCACAGAGCCUUCUGCGACGCCCUAGCUGAAGAAACAGCAAGAUUCACAGCAGCAUCACACAUGAGCAGCAAUCAAGCCGCACCAAAUCUCAACUACCAUUUCAUCGGAUCAUCCCUAGGGUUAGGGCAACAACACUUGCUCCCUCCCAUCUUCAAAUCGAACUCGAGCAACCACCAAAAUAUGAUCCCUCGAUGGGUAGCUCAACCCAACAUUGCCCAUCAUAAUAAAAACCUCGAAGAAAUGAGCCAUCUCAUUCACAACCCCAAUCCGCCAUCAUCUUCAUUCCAGAUGAUGAUGAAUUGGGAUUUUGGUAAAGAAUUCCCCAAUCAAAACCCAAUAUUAAUCCCUAUGAUGAAAGAGGUUAGCGUUUCGUCCCUCUUCAGUGCUCAGCAGCAGCAGCAGAACUGCGCGGCCAUCUCUGCAACGGCUUUGCUGCAGAGGGCGGCGCAGAUUGGAGCCACGACAAGUAUUACCGAGGACUCCUCCAACAUCCUAGGGAAGUUUGGCGGUCGUGAGGAAGAUGGGGACAAGCUUUGUGGGUUGUACAGUACAACCAACUCGGCUACGAGUGGGCUAGGGAGUGACGUGGAGAUCUCGGUGACGUCGAAUCGUCAGAUGGAGAUGUACCCUCCUCCAAAACGGUGUCGUAGGGUGCUCCUCAGUGAUGAGGAGAUAAGGUUAGGAGAGACGAGGGAUUUUCUUGGGGUUGGGAUGCACACAAUCUGCAAUCCAUCAUCAAUCAAUGGGUGGAUAUGACAUCAGGAUUCUUGCAUUAACAAAUUAAGAAUAUUGUUGUUGAUGGAUAUAUAUGCAUAUCAUGUUGUAUCAGGAUGGGUCGUUAAAAUAUGCAUAUCAUGUUGUAUCAGGAUGGGUCGUUAAAAUAUGGGAAUAAAGUGAGAGAGAGAGAGAGAGUGGGGAAAGGACACAGAAGAAGGAAGAAGAAUGCACAGAAAUAUGUAUUUAGAGAGAAGAAGAACAUAUCCAUGCAUCUUGUGUUUGAUUAAACAAUCAUAAAAGUUGU